AUGUUCUACUCGCAGAUCGUCUUGGCCAAGAAGGGCCCUUUGGGUAAGAUCUGGCUGGCUGCCCACUGGGACAAGAAGCUCAACAAGCAGCAGAUCUUCACCGCCGACAUCCACAGCUCCGUGCAGAGCAUCCUGAACCCGCAGGUGCCGCUCGCUCUGCGCGUCUCGGGCCAUUUACUGCUUGGCGUCGUGCGUAUCUACUCGCGUAAGGUGAAAUAUCUGUACACGGACUGCAGCGAGGCGCUGGUCAAGAUCAAACUCGCUUUCCGUCCUGGAAUUGUGGAUCUACCCGCCAACAACCAACAAGCGGCGUCACACACCAUCAACGUCUCGAAUUUCGGCGAGUUCGAGGCCGAAGUCACAUAUUCCAUCGAUGCUAUUACUGCGCCGUCGUUAGACGAAUGGAUCGCCGCAUCCAGCCAGACUGUAGCAAGACGCCAGGAUAUUACACUAGCGGAUCCACUAGUCAGGACUCGAGAGGCAAACGGCUUUGCUGAAAGAGAUGUUAUUGCUAUGGAGGAUUCUUUCGGAGGAGAAGGAGACUGGCAGGCGUUCGACUUGGACGACAAUUUUGGUAGCUCUGGACUGGAUAUUAGCACCGUCAGUGACGUUGAAAUAGCGCGAGAGGCUGAUGCGCCGAUGGUGCCACUGGACGACUCGGGCAUUCUCAAUGCUGGAGAUAAAUUGACAGACAGGAGCUCGCUGAUGGCCGAAGCAGAGCAGCCGGAGUUUGGCUACAAUGACGCGCCGUUCGAGAUUCCGGUAGACAACGCAAUGGAGAUUGAGAACCCUAUCGACGAUCCCAUGGACGUUAGUGGGGGCACACUGGAUGUUAGCGCGGAUAUUAAUGUCAGUAUCAACGGCUCGACACGUGCGUCGUUGGAUGCAGCUCUGGUUAACGUGGAAGUGGAGACGAACAGACCCAAAAAGAAGAGGAAAAUUGCUCGUGAUACCGUCACGGAGCUCACCUCAGCAUAUCUGAAACAGGGAAUGGAGGACACGUCCGACAUCACCCGCACGCGAGAAAUCACGUACAAAAAACCUGCAACCCGCAGUGAAUUUGACCUGCAGACUGGAGCUGACAUGUUCUCCAGACCCUGCAUGAUCACCAUGUCUGAAGAGCUACUGAGUAUGUUCAAGGUCACGAUGAAGAAGAGGAAGUUCCCGUUCGGUUCCAAGACCAGAGAGGCCACCCAAGAGGAGGAUGUUGAGCUCACUCGACGUAUGAGUGCGAACUCGCGUAUGAGCACCAACUCGAAUGGUCUGGAUGUGACAAAUGGAUCUUGCGACGCCUCUAUGCUGCAUGAUAUCGAGGAAGAAAACCACUUUGAGUUUGCCGACAUGGGCCCAACGGAACCUGAACGUAUGGAUGAUGGUUUCCCGAACUACGAUAUCGGAGCUCCAUUCGAGCCUGAAGAGCAGAAUUUGGAGGACUUAAACGUGGACAUCGAGCUCGGCGCCGUGAAUGACAUUCGAAGCGAUGCGAAUGGUACUACCGAGCUUGAUCAACCCGAGGCGUCGACAGCUCAACACAAGUGGCACCCGCACACUGUGAAAGUGAUGAAAGUGCUGCGCAAGUCACUCAACGACAAGGAGGAGGUCACAUACAAGCAACUGACCAAGAAGACGCAAGACCGACGAACAGCAGCCGCGCUGUUCUUCGAGCUGUUGCAGCUGAAAACACUCGAUUAUGUGGACGUGGAGCAGCCUGCGCCAUACGCAGACAUCAAGAUCUCCAAGGCAGCCCGUUUUUCGGAGCACAUCCCGGCGGUGGAUCGCGAAUCUACCCGAGAAAACCGUGACGAUUUUUGA